AUUCACCUCGUGUGUGAAGAGAUAAACCCUUACAUCAAUCUCAAAACACUUCUUGGUGCCUCACUGAUAAAUACAUCAUAUUAUUUUAAAUCCCUAAUCUGAGGUUAUGUUAUUGUGUUCUGUGUUAGAUGAUGAUGAUGAUGAUACAAGUGUGUGUACAGUAGUGUGGUGACUGAUGAUGGUGUAGUGUUAAUGUACAGUACUCAUCAACUAUCUCCAUAAGUCUUAUGUGUCCAUCUCUGUUUCAGAAGUGGUGGAUGCUGUAGUGAUGCCAAGUGAGGGAACACAGCUGCCAUCAUACACUGUAGUGACACUUAGAAUAUUAACAAAGUGAAACUCGAGGAAUAAGGAAGUGUCCGGAUAGAACAUCUUCAAAAAUACUGUCGGAAACUCUUCAGUGCUAAGAAAUAACAAUAGGUUACAGUUAACAUUAAAGUGUGUAAAGAUAUAAAAACAGUGUUAUUUAGUAUAUAGUUGUCCUGUUUUGUACAGUAUAGCAAAGUGGCCUGCAGUGGCACUACACACAACAAGUGUCUUGCCAGGCAGAGUAACAUGAUGGAUGGCAUGUGAUGAUGUCUCAUAACAACAUGUUCUUGAGAUACCAGACAGGGACACAGUGGUAGCAUGACACCAUCAACCACCAACACCAACCUGUACCUCAGCCCUUACCUGCAACACUCACCACACAACACACAGGCUAUCAUGUGACCACACGCUGUUCCUGUAAAACAAUCCUAAACCUCCUGAUGUGUCACGAGUUUAAUCUGCAAGACAUUUGGUGAUAUCAAAGUAUAAAAACAUCAGAAAACAUGUUGGCAGUAUAUAAGCUGUGAAUCAAAAACUGAAAUAACAAAUAUAUAUUUUUGUAUCCUUGAUAAACACAGUAAAGUCUGCCUGGAACAAACACUCUCUCCUCCUCCUCCCUGAUGUAUGUCAACUGCUUCACCAGAGACUAAAGUAUCAUUACCAGUAUUCUACACCAACCACAACACAGCUACAGCAUCUAUGUGUUUAUUGUCUUUGUUUCAUCAAUAUAUAAAUGUCACUAGUGUUUGAUGGUGAUUGUUACUUAACUGUGUGUGGGUGUUUAAGUCAUCCCUGUAACCAGUUUUUGAUGCACUAUAUCAAUCAAUUACUCUGUGUUGUGGGCUACCUGAUUGAUGUCUUACUCAUAUAUAUUUGAUGUUCACUAUAACAGCCAGUUGUGCUUCUAUGUGUCAGUCAGUUUCCUGUGUUGAGAACAAUUAUACAGUAUAAAAAAACAAGAAAGAGUUCAGGUAUUCCAAGGUAAAUAUUGCUGGAACAAGUCAGCAUUGGUAUUAGCUGUUAAGGUAUUCAACCAAAACAGCAGAAACAUUCUUAUCAACAGAGAAGUAAACAAGAAGGAAAUACUGUGAAGUUGGAAUUAUUCUGGUCGAAUCACUGACAUACAGGACAAUUUGUUUAUUCUUAAUUGAUCCUCUGAAUGAUGUGCUUCCAAAGUUAAUUAUUAGUGUACAGAAAACUGUGAAUUUUGCGAAGGUGAUUACAGAGUUGAUAAACAAACCUCUCAAACUGUCCUUUUGAGUGAAAUAAGAAAGGCGUUGGUUUGAUUAUCUUUGUGUUGGUUGUUGUCAUAAGUGUCGUAUAUUUGUGACAAAGUACGUAAUCAAAAAUUGUAUAAUCGGUGGUCCAUGUGUGCAAAGUGAGCGAGUGUUGUGAUAAAGGCAGUAUAAGCUUCCCCUCCAAGAUAACAGGUGCUGUGUUCUUACUGUGGGAACAACACUGUGGCCUAACCUCCCCCCCAGCGAAGGUAACUGUUCGCAAUCCUGCCUCAGCAUAACCUAUUUUUGAACCGCAUUUCACUCGUUGAUAAAGAGAUACUUUGUGUAUACAAGUAUAAAGUUUAUUUUAAGUUUCUCUGGUGCUCGAAAAUAUUACCCAGUAGUAAGUGGACUCGGUGCUUCUAUAUAAUAAUAAGAUAAAAAAUAAGUAUAAAGGGAAGGUUUAUAGACUAACUUGUAGUGAGCAACAACAGUACUGUAUUACUCUUCAUAACCUGUGAGUGGUGGCAACUGUGCCCACCUCAGAUUAAGUGAGAGACUUGACCUUCCAUGCAGGGAGAAACAGCCAUAAUGGGCGAGUCUGGUGAGCUCAGCACCAACGGGACAUGGGUGGGAGACAUGUGGGUGACGGCCAACACAAGCGUGGACGGCACGGUAGACUCCGUGAGCGGUCCAGAAUGGAAAGACCUGACCGUGGGCAUAGUGAAGGGAGUGUGUAUGGCAGUGAUCAUUGUGUGUGCAGUGCUGGGCAACCUGCUGGUAGUGGUGAGUGUGGUGCGUCACCGCCGCCUCCGCAUCAUUACCAACUACUUCGUGGUGUCCCUCGCCAUCGCUGACAUAUUAGUGGCACUCAUGGCCAUGCCGUUCAACGCCAGCGUAGAACUUACCGGCCGCUGGCUGUUCAGUUACCGCAUGUGUGAUCUGUGGAAUUCUUUUGACGUUUUUGCGUCCACUGUGUCCAUCCUACAUUUGUGUAGCAUAAGUAUUGACCGGUACUACGCCAUCGUACGGCCUCUGGAGUACCCCAGGUUGAUGACCAAGGGGCGCGCGGUGAUCAUGCUGUGCCACGUUUGGCUGGCGCCUCUAGUAAUCUCCUUCCUGCCUAUUUUCAUGGGUUGGUACACCACCGAGGAACACCUGGCCGAGCGCGCUGCCAACCCCAGCCGUUGUAUCUUUGAAGUCAACACUACGUACGCAGUGGUGUCGUCGUCCAUCUCGUUCUGGAUGCCGUGCAGCGUCAUGGUGUACAUGUACUACCGCAUAUACCUGGAAGCAGCGCGCCAGGAGCGGAUAAUGCACCGAAACACGCGACUCUCCAGCGCCUCUCAAGCGGCCGUCGUGGUGUCCAAUAACUCCACCAACACCACCAUCACGACGGCCAGCGCCGGCACCAACGGAGUGGGAUCCGACAAUGCCGGGAGCCUGGGUCUGGGCAGCGGGGGGUCCGGCCGCCGCCUCAUGGCCCACCGACCCUCCAGCGACACCCAGGAGGCAACUCCCACCAAAAAUAACCUGAUCAAGCUGAAGCGAGAGCGCAAGGCAGCCCGCACACUGGGCAUCAUCAUGGGGGCCUUUAUAGUGUGCUGGCUGCCGUUCUUCACCUGGUACGUCACCAUCACCCUCUGUGGAGAGGCCUGCCCUUGUCCUGAAAUCAUCGUCUCUAUCCUCUUCUGGAUUGGGUACUUCAAUUCCAUGCUCAACCCCGCCAUCUACGCCUACUUCAACCGCGACUUCCGGGAGGCAUUUCGACGGACUCUCCAGUGUGUGUUUCGGUGCGGUCGUCCGGUUGACCCUUGGAGGGGGCAGCUGGGGCCGCCGUACGACUCCGACCUUUGCCUCCAACAUAACGGACACUCUACCAUCGUCAAGGCAAAGGCACGACGUUACAGCACCGAAUGUGGCGUCUAAGUCUCCCUCCCUCCUUCCUGUAUCCUCUGUACACAUGCAUAAUAAGAGUCUAUUUUGGGUAGAUGUCUCUAAUGUAUAGGUUCUUACUUGUCCCCCAAUGUGGUACAAGUCAAACCAACUGUAUUAGAUCUCAUAAAUACACAUGUAAUAAAUUAA